UGGAUUUGGUAGAUCCGUCCAGAUCUGACCCGUUGCCAUCCUGAUGUGCUCCUGCUCCUCUCCCAUCUCUCUCGAGCCAUGGUUGGUACCGAGAUGCUUGUGGCCGCGGCCGUGAGCCAAGUUGCCCGCAAGAUCAGCGAAAUCGUCAGCGUCGCGCAGGGUGAGGUAAAGCUGUGCUGCAAUUUCAGCGACGAUCUGGAGAAAAUAAAGGACACACUGGUUUACCUAGAAGAUCUGCUGAAAAACGCGGAGAAGAACUCCUUCGGAAGCGACAGGGCGAACCUGCGGCACUGGCUGGCUCAGAUUAAGUCCCUGGCUUUCGACAUCGAAGACAUCGUCGAUGAUUACUACUCUUCCAAGGAGCAGUUUGAAGGAAGCAGCAGCUAUGCUCAGAAGGGAUCAUUAUUCUGCUCGUUUUCUAAUCCAGUGCUUUCGAAAGCUAGCAUGGUUUAUAAGAUGAAAUCCAAGAGAGAAUUGUUACAGACACGACAACACUUACCUACUCAAUAUCAUUUCAUUUCACUUAUUAACUCCGUGGUGGAUUUUGAUGAGAAGCAAACAACAUCAUACAGAAAUAGUGACAUCACAAUUUUUGGGAGAGGUAGAGACUUGGAAAAUCUCAUGGACAUGAUAAUGCAGAAAAGCGUCGAUGAGCUUUCUAUUAUUUCCAUAGUUGGGCGCGUGGGUCUUGGGAAGACAAGCCUUGCACAACUAGUUUUCAAUGAUACCAGAACAAAGGCAUUCAGAUUCAGGAUAUGGGUUCAUGUUUCCAUGGGUAAUGUUGUCCUUGAAAAAAUUGGGAAGGAUAUAGUUGCACAAACUUCCGUAAGGAUUGAGGGAAACAUGCAAUUACAGUCAAUUAAGAAUGUUGUUCAAACCAUACUUAUUAAGUAUAAGUGCUUAAUAGUAUUAGAUAGCUUGUGGGGUAAAGAUGAAGAAGUGAAUGAGCUGAAGCAGAUGUUGCUCACAGGUAGACAGACGCAAAGCAAGAUCAUAGUGACCACCCAAAGCGAUAAGGUUGCUGAUCUGGUGUCUACACGUCCACCUUACAAGCUUUCUGCAUUAUCUAAAGAUGAUUGUUUAAAUAUAUUCUCUCAAAGGGCAAUGACAGGUCAAGGUGACCCACUCUUCAGGGAAUAUGGUGAAGAAAUUGUUAAAAGGUGUGAUGGCACACCCUUGGUUGCUAAUUUUCUUGGAUCUGUGGUGAAUACUCAACGACAGAGACGUGAGAUUUGGCAAGCUGCCAAGGAUAAAGAAAUGUGGAAGAUCGAGGAAGAUUAUCCUGAAGACAAAAUUUCACCACUGUUUCCAUCAUUCAAGAUAAUAUACUAUAAUAUGCCUCAUGACCUAAGAUUAUGCUUUGCCUAUUGUUCAAUCUUCCCUAAAGGAUCUGUCAUAGACAAGAAAAAACUUAUUCAGCAGUGGAUUGCUCUUGACAUGAUCGAGUCCAGACAUGGAACCUUACCGCUUGAUGUAACUGCUGAGAAGUAUAUUGAUGAACUUAAAGCAAUAUAUUUCCUUCAAGUUUUUGAAAAGCAUCAAAUUACUGCAGAAAUAUCCAAUGCUUCGGAGGAAAUGCUCUUCUUGAAUAAUUUCGCACAUGAUCUUGCUAGGUCAGUUGCUGGUGAAGAUAUCCUUGUGAUUUUGGAUGCAGAUAAUGAACGCAAUAACAGAUAUUGUGACUGCCGCUAUGCACAUGUGUCUACCUCUAGCUUACAGUCAAUAGAUAGCAAGGCUUGGCCUUCCAAGGCAAGGUCACUGAUUUUCAAGACUAGUGACACAGAAUUGGAGCAUGUCAGCGAAGUUCUUUCAGUGAACAAGUAUUUGCGUGUUCUGGAUCUCAGUGAAUGUUCUGUCAAUGAGAUACCUGCUGCUAUUUUUCAGCUGAAACAACUGCGGUAUCUUGAUGCUUCGACUUUGUCUAUUGCAACACUCCCUCCUCAAGUUGGUAGCUUUAAUAAGCUACAAACAUUGGAUCUUUCAGAAACUGAACUUAUGGAGUUGCCAUCCUUCCUUAGUAACUUAAAGGGGCUGAAUUAUUUGAAUCUCCAAGGUUGCCGGAAACUUCAGGAAUUGAAUAGCCUUGAUCUGCUGCAUGAAUUACAUUACCUAAACUUGUCAUGCUGCCCUGAAGUUAGAAGCUUCCCUGAAUCUGUUGAAAACCUCACCAAACUUCGUUUCUUGAACCUGUCGCAGUGUUCUAAGUUUCCAACAUUACCUAACAGAUUAUUGCAAUCAUUUGCUAGCCUUUGUUCUCUUGUGGAUCUGAACUUGAGUGGCUUCGAGUUCCAAAUGCUGCCAGAGUUUUUUGGCAACAUUUGUUCACUUCAGUACUUGAAUCUGUCAAAAUGUUCUAAACUUGAGGAACUCCCCCAAUCAUUUGGCCAGCUUGCAUAUUUGAAAGCCCUAAAUCUUUCAUCUUGUCCUGAUCUUAAAAUUCUUGGUUCCUUCGAAUGCCUUACUUCUCUUCAAAUAUUGAAUCUCUCAAACUGCCAUAGUCUUCAAUACUUGCCACUGUGUCUACAAAGCAUCAAAAAUCUUGACAUUUCGGGGUGCCAGGAUUGUAUAGUACAAUCCUGUUCUCGAAGCUCCAGAAGUUCCCCAUCUCAGCAACUUUCAGAGCAAGCUGAGCAAGUCAGAUUAAGUAAUGAUAUCUUCGAGAUCAUUCAUGAGGAUACUGCGAUUGGAGAUCUGAAAGGAAAGACGAAAUUGGCAUUUGCUUCCCUCUUGGAUGAAGAGCCUGAAGUUAUUACUAAGCCAAAUGAAACUGGAGAUAUGGUACCACUGGUUCCAGGACAUCAGUUCCUGUUGUCUUCAUCUCGUUCUUAUUCCUUGGCAUCGAGCUCAAGUGCACCAUUGGCAUCUGUCUCCUCUUCAGAUGUCUCAAAGAUGGAGCAUCCAAUAUCUCGUGGAGAGACAACAGAUCAAGCACUUGGGAGGGCUGCUGCUCUUGCUCUGCUUAUAUUGUGUACCUGCUUGGUGAGGUGUUGUUUCAGGCUCCUCGGAUUCUUCCGGGCACUUGCAAGGUUUGUAAGCAGGAUUGGACAUCAAGCGGUUGCUUGGCCGCGCUGCUCGCUCACUCGCUGGGUAUCCGUAACGACUUGAUCUGGCACUGUUGCUUGAGCUCUGCCCACCCAACUCAUGGAACAGCAGGCGGUUCGUGGCCAAUUCUCCUCGCUGUCAUUGGAUUUGUUCAUCUAUUUUAUUGAGACAAUGACGGCAUUUUAUUGAUUAAAGCAUAUCAGUCGAUGGAACAGAGCAUCUCCCCCGGCUACAAUCUGGAGUGACAGAAUGAUACAGUGCAGUGCUGAUAGAAAGCUCAAAAGAACGAGCUAAAGUAUGUCCCGCUACAUUAGACAAAUGACUAGCAUGGAUAAAGGAACAGUCGAUGAAUUCAGUCGCAGCCUCUCUUGAUGUCAAGAACCAGAAGGCCAACUUUCUAAUGAUCUCGAACUGGCUCACACUACAUCACGGGACAUAUUUAAAGGCACUGUAAAGUGACGGGAGAAAUUCUAAAAGUGUCUCGGAAGAAUCUUUUUAAGGCUUGUGAUUUAACGAAACAUUUAGUAAAUUAUAAAAUUUUCUAAAGCUA